UUCACCAUGUCUCUCCCCAUCAUUGUGCUAGUCCCUUUGGUCUUCACUCUCCACUUUCCAGCAUCCUGCAAGGCGACGGAAACGGACACCGUCUCAGCUGGGAAGGCACUCACCGGCAACGACAUGCUUGUCUCCAGCAAUGGCAAGUUUGCACUUGGCUUCUUCAAAACCAGCAGCGAGUCCUCCCACAAUGCUUCCAACUGGUACCUGGGCAUAUGGUUCAACCAAGUAUCAAAGCACACUCCAGUAUGGGUUGCCAAUGGAGAUAAGCCUGUCACUAGCGCCACUUCGCCGGAGGCCACAGUCUAUGGUGACGGAAACCUAGUCAUCUUAGAUCAGGCCACCAAGUCCAUCAUAUGGUCUACCCAGGCUAACAUCACAGCCAACACGACAAUGGCCAAGCUAUCAGAUGAUGGCAACCUUGUCCUACAGAACACAAACUCUUCACUUGUCUUCUGGCAAAGCUUCGACUACCCAACAAACACCCAUCUCGCCGGAGCAAAGCUAGGCUGGAACAAGGUCACUGGCCUAAACCGGCGUCUUGUUUCCAGGAAAAACUCCGUGGAUCCAGCUUCUGGCAUGUAUAGUUAUGAGUUAAUUGACAACAAUGGUUCUGCCAGGUUCAUCCUUUCAGCUCACAGCUCCAUAUCAUACUGGUCUAGUGGAGAAUGGAAUGGCCAUUACUUUGGUUCCAUACCAGAGAUGACAGGUAAACGGUUAAUUGAUUUUACUUUUGUCAGCAAUGAUGAAGAAGAGUACUUCACAUAUACCUUACUACAUAACACAACAAUCAUGCGUUUUACGCUGGACAUCUCUGGUCAAGCAAAGAUAUUCUUGUGGGUGGAGCAGGCACAAGAUUGGGUACCAACCUACACAAACCCAAAGCAGUGUGAUGUAUAUGGCAUUUGUGGAGCUUUCACAAUCUGCGAAGAAAACAAGCUUCCUGUCUGCAGCUGUAUGAAAGGUUUCUCUAUACGAUCACCCAAUGACUGGGAUCUAGGUGAUCGAACUGGCGGCUGUAUGAGAAAUACUCCGUUAGAUUGUGGCAUCAACAAAAACACAAGUGUGCCAGACAGGUUCCUCCCUAUGCCAUGUGUUGGAUUACCCAAUAAUGGCCACAACAUAGAAGAUGCUACAAGUUCAGGUGUAUGUGCACAAGUUUGCCUAAGCAACUGCACUUGCACAGCAUAUUACUACGGUAAUAAUGGAUGUUUUGUUUGGAAUGACGAAUUGAUUAAUGUGAAGCAGCUACCUUGUGAUGAUAAUACUGAUGGAGCAACAAUUUACCUUCGCCUUGCUGCCAAAGAGGUGCAAGGUAUAAAAAGCAACAGACGACCAAUAACUAUUGGUGUUGUCAUUGGUGCAAGUGUCGCUUCCUUUGCUUUAUUGACAGUCUUCUUGAUACUGAUGAUUCGAAGGAACAAGAGUUGGCUAUCUGGUCACAGAGUAAAGAAGUUUCAUGAUGGUAGUGGUAUUAUUGCAUUUAGAUAUGCUGAUCUGCAACAUGCAACAAACAACUUUUCAGAUAAACUAGGUGCAGGUGGUUUUGGCUCAGUGUUCAAAGGGUUUCUUACUGAAUCUAAUAUCAUAGCAGUUAAAAGGCUUGAUGGUGCUCGCCAAGGAGAGAAGCAAUUCAGAGCUGAAGUGAGAUCAAUUGGAAUCAUCCAACACAUCAAUUUAGUUAAACUAAUUGGCUUCUGUUGUGAAAGUGAUAGAAGAUUGCUUGUUUAUGAACACAUGCCAAAUCUCUCUCUCGAUACUCAUUUAUUUCAUAGUAAUACUACAUCCUUGAAGUGGAGCACAAGGUAUCAAAUUGCUCUUGGGGUUGCUAGAGGACUAGCCUACCUUCAUGACAGUUGCCGUGAUUGCAUUAUACAUUGUGACAUUAAACCAGAAAAUAUACUUCUUGAUUCAUCAUUUGUUCCAAAAAUUACAGAUUUUGGGAUGGCGAAGUUUCUGGAAAGGGAGUUUAGUCAAGUUCUCACUACAGUGAGAGGGACUAUAGGUUAUCUUGCCCCUGAAUGGAUUAGUGGUACAGUUAUUACGUCAAAAGUUGAUGUCUACAGCUAUGGAAUGGUUUUGCUGGAGAUCAUCUCAGGAAGGAGGAACUCAAGCAAAGAAUUUGCAACUCGUGAUGACUAUGAAUAUUUCCCUGUGUUAGUUGCACAUAAGCUGCUGAAUGGUGAUGCUGGGAGUUUGGUGGACCAAAAUUUACAUGGCGAUGUUCAUUGGGAGCAGGUAGAAAGAGCUUUCAGGGUUGCAUGCUGGUGCAUUCAAGAUAAUGAGCUUGAUCGACCAACAAUGAGUGAAGUUGUUCAAUAUCUUGAAGGUUUUCUUGAAGUUGGCAUACCCCCAGUGCCACGACUACUUCAGGCUAUUGCAGGAAACCCAUACUCAGAAUAGUUGAAGGAUACCUGGACCAAGCUUCAUAACAAGCAGGGUAACUGCAAGAAGCUUCACAGGUUGUUGUUGUGUGCCUGGACCAAACUUCACAAGAGGUUGACACAUUACAUGAAGAUAGGUUCGAUGUUUAAACCUGGGAGGCUCCAUUA